AUGAAAAAAGAAGAAAAUUGUCACAGUGUUUACUUGAACGGAAAUAUCUUGUUUCUUGGCUUUUUUUUCCCAAACGCUAACAAUGAAAAUUUCUGGGAUGAUGCUGAUGGCGAGAGAGAACAAAAAGAAAUUUUGGCAACUAUAACAUCAAACAUUUUCAUAAAACGUAGUUGGAAGCUGAAGAAAGGAAAAUUGUAUCAAGCAAUAUUUUAUCGGUUUCCUCCAUUCACCUCCAGAAGUUUAAAACUUCAAAGCGUGGAACUUUCCCUAAUAAAGAAAAUGAAAUAUCAAUGGCGAUCAAAAGCUUAA